AUGGUGAAAAAUUCACUUGCCUUCGAAGCAGAAACUUUUCGUAAGAUUCAACCUCAGGAAUAUUUACUUAGAUUUAUUCAAGGAAACAUUAGACCUGAUGGAAGAUCCUUAAGCCAAUUUCGCCCAACUACGGUUAAUCAAAGUUGUAUAACGACUACAAAUGGGUCUUCUAUGGUCAGGAUAGGAAACACCACCGUCGUUUGUGGUAUAAAGGCUGAGGUGGCCACACCUAAAUUCAAUUCACCUCUAGAAGGAUACUUAGUCCCGAACAUCGAUCUCUCUCCCAUUUGUUCUCCAAAGUUUAAACCUGGGCCACCAGGUGAACUGGCACAAGUGAUAAGUGAGAAUUUGAAUAAUUUACUAAAAAGUGCAUCUGUAUUAGAUUUAACAUCUCUUUGCAUUAAAGAGGGUGUAGCUGUUUGGGUUCUUUAUAUAGAUUUGGUUUGUGUUAAUUAUGAUGGCAAUAUCUAUGAUGCAUCAGUUAUUGGAAUGAUAACUGCUUUAGCAAAUGUGAAACUUCCCGAAGCAACUUUUGAGGAAGCUAGUGGCUUAGUAAAGGCUACUGAAGAACUAUCAGUCACACUUAAACUUCAACGAAUACCAUAUUCAGUAACGAUUGCGUUGUUUGAUGGGUAA